GAACGAAAUGUUGCCGAUACCCGGACGUGUGGCUUACAAUCAGGUGCGGCUUAUGAUCGUGAAAUUACUAUAAAUGGAAUUGCAUGUCACACUUCAGGCACAGGGCAGGAGAAUGCAGCUCAGAGCUGCGUGUGGAGUGGGAUGUUUUGGCAUGUGUGCAAGUGGCAUCGGUGUGAGCUGAGUCCCACACUGAACACAGGCAGGUAAAUUCUGUGUCCAGGGACCCCUGAAGAUUCCAGGAUCCUGUUUAGUCAGGGAUUGAACCUUGCCUCAGUGUUACCAUUGAGGUAGUUACAAAAUUACUGGGCUGUUUGCUGUCAAACAUAGCGGGUCAAACAGUGGACCGUACAAACAGCACGGUUUCAUCCUUUCCCUGGUUUUGAUUCUAUUUCUACAAGUAAAGGCAUUUGAGCACAGCUGAUGGCUGUGUCCAGAGUCCUGUGGGUGCCUUGCCUCCUCUAUUGGAGUUUUCCCAUUGCUUGCAAGUGGUGAAUAGAGGUGUGCAGAUCCCACUUGCUUGGAAAGUCCUCUCAAGCUUGUGCAUGUUUGCUUCUGUGAAAUAGAAAGAGGUGUUGUUCUUUUUUUCUAGCAUUCAGCCUGUAGGCAUGAAAGACUGAUGAAACAGGUAAUUUCUUUAGAGAAUAUUUUUAACAGUAGAUUUCAGUUGUCUUGAAGCAGACUGAGAGGAAGAGGCUCAUCAUAGGCUGGGCUAUGCUAAUUUUGUGCUGCUGAAGGUCGAGUUUCUGUGGAUCCUUGUUCAUGUAUGGUGUCAGAGAUCUUUCAAAAUCAGGAUGGGUAGCAGGAGAGGAAACCUUUUUUUGCAGACCAGCAUGUUGAAAAUCAAGGCUGUUGUUCCUGUGACGAUGAAAACAGAUCUUCAGCUGAUACAGGGAGGGCUGCUUUCUUCUAGAAGCCCUUCAUUCAGACCAUGUGUCAUGUCCAGUCACAAUUACUUGUCUUUUCACAGAACCAGAAGACUGGCCUUACUGACUUGGCUUUCACAAUAAUUUAUACAGAGCUGACUUCAUUCCUGGUUUAAAAAUGACUUGUAAAGACCCUGGGGAUUGGAUUUUAGUGGAGGCUUUUUUGUAUUUUGUUUUGUUUGUUUUGUACUGGUGUUUCUAUAAAUAAUAGCUGGUACCUCUUAAAAUUUGCUUAAACAGGACCAGGGAGUAGUGGCCUGCAAGCAGUAAAGAUCUGUUUCUUCUGUGUUGGAAUAGUUCAUGAAGCAAGAUGUUACUCAGCUUCAAAGCUGUACAGAAUGCCAGUGGUGGUGUCCCAGCAGAGAUUCUCCAAGAUAACAGCAGCACAGUGGUGUGAGGGGAAGCUGCCGCUGUGCUGAUGAAGAGUGUAGGCUGGUCUGGUACCAGCCAUGUCUCAAACACUACAGGGGGCACACUCACCUUUCUUGUGCAAGAGAUGGCAUGGGGGUGGCUGUGCUUUUCAUGGCAGUGUUCCAAAUCCUGGUUCAUUACAUCCAAAACUUAGUGCAGAGAGGAGUGGGUGGAAGUGGGGUUGCCCAAGAUGAGGCUGAUCAAUUGCCCGUGAUCAUCUUUGAUCACAGGUCUGUAAAACAUCAGCACCUUCAAAGUGGUUUCAUGGAAUACUGGUGCAGGAAUACUGCAUCGCAGUCUGAGAAAUAUCACUGGAUUUUGGGACAGCCAUUAGCACUACUGUGGAAUGCAAACCAUCUGAUUUACCUCUGUAAACUUCAGCAUCAACUUCCUAACAAUUAUUCUUUGAUUUUUUUUCCCUUCUGCACAACUGUGCAUUGUUGGGGGGGCGGGGGGCAGGGAAUGUUGUUACGCUUUAAAGUCAAAAACCAGCAAACCCAGAAAUACGGAGUCCAGUGAAUGAUUUCCACACAACAUUAAUAUCUUUAGUUUCACACCUAGAGUCUUUCCAAGAUUAUAAAUUAAUCCUCCUAGACUUUGUGGUUAGUAUAUUUGUUGCUAGACAGAAUCAAGAGUUCUCCAGGAGUGUACUACUGCCCUGGGGAUCUUAACAUCCUUUCCAAGCAAGUCAGCAGGAUCUGUAUCCUGGUGAGUGGACAUGUUUAUAAAAUACCCUGUUUCAGCGCUGGUGCUGUGCAGUUGUUGGACACAUUCUCUGAUUUCUGGCCUCAGUAAGGUGAGCUGGCUCUUCCAGUUCCUUAUCUGUCCUGCUGUGUGAAUAAGGCACAAGUGGUGGAACAUGAUCAGCAUUUGAAUGAACCAGCAGGAUCUUAUGCAAAAGGUUUGAGCCAUCAUCAGCUCCACGAAUAGGGCUCUGAGGAGUUCCUCAUCUGGAGAGAAGUUGGUGAAAGUGGCAGAAUUCCAGCUGCCACUCCCUCUAUUCCUGAGAACUGGAAGGAUUUCUCUCUCUGUUCACAAAAAUGGCUCAGGACAAUGAUUUUUCCUCAAAUGCUUUUUGUUAACUGCUGCUCAAGUUUGGAAAAUUCUGCAAUAUCUUUUUCAGUAACAUGCUGUAAUAUUCAUCAAUACUGUUGAGUGUAUUGUGUAUUGUUGGGGCCCCUACAGCCCGUUUCUCAGUCUCAGGGGCUUUGUACCAAAACCAGGCCUUGAAGUCAGAUCUGAAGUACUUUUUUUAGUGUCUUGCAUCACUUGUUAUCUGUGAGUAGGAGGGUCAGUAGUAUAGGUAGGACACAGAUAAGUUUGUUGCUGUGGCUAUAAACUCACCUGUUCCUAGCAAAUUCCCUAAUGCUGAUCGUAGCAGAAAUGCCCACUGCCUGUGUGUAGCACAUAUUCUUAUUUUACCUGCUCCCAUGUACUUGCCCCUACAGACUAAAAAGUGUCUGGUCUGUUGCUGUUUCUCUGGUCCUUGCUCUAAUCAACAUUCCUCUUAUUUGCUAGUGAGGGGGACGGCAGGAAUAUUGACGGGGAGUAUUUUUGCUGUGAUCUUGAAGUUCUCCCUUACCAGGGAAGGCUGCUAGCAAUUCUUAGCCUUCCCCCCAGCAGGUUUUGAGCUUUAUACAUUCACAUUUGUGAAUGUGACUGUGCCAUGUGACUGUAACUGCAGAAUGAAUAAUACUGACUUCGUGUUCUCAUGCUAUGUAUUUCAGCAGUGUACGUUGAAAUUGGGACAGCUUUUGUGUCUUUUUGAGUGUAGUUUGUCUUCCAGGAAAUUGAGACUAGAGUUAAAAAGUAGAUUUUAUUGCAUAUUCAGUUGCUAUUGUGAUUGCCUGAAUGCAGCUCUUGGUUUGAUGGGAAAGAAGCAGAAGUGCCUUAUUUGCAGUACUUACCUGAAUCUGGGAUUGAAUUAUUUUCUACUUCUGGUACUGGUGUUUACCUUAGCACCUUUUUGGUCAGGGAGAGAGAAGUUAAGUCACUGAAUGUAAGAUGCCAUCUGCUCCUGUUUCCUCACUUCGAAGGAUAUUGAGAGAAUAAAAUUUCAAGUUGAGCAGGACCUCCGCUAAGGAAAGUGCUGCAUCCUUUCCUCUGAUCAGGAAAGGUGUUGGGAAAUACUGGGUGUGUCUUUGAUGUGUUUCCCAAGAGCUCAGCCUAGUCAUCUGCACAUGAGUGGAGAGGCAAGAGUUUCCAGCUGCUGCCCAAACCAACUUUCUUUAAGGUGUGGGUGACUGCAGGCUGAUGUUUGCUUUUUCUUUUUGAUGUGAAGACUGUAAACGCUUCUUCAAGUGUUUCUUAAUUUAUUAAUAAUAUUGGCAGUGCUUUACAUUUGACAAGCCCCCUUUUCCCCGUUUGUCGUCUUCUCCAGUUCAGUAAUGAUAGGCUCCGUGUGUUGCAGGUCACAUGAUUCCAUGACGUGUGUGCGUGUGUGUAUGUGUGUGUGUAUAUAUAUAUGAGAUGCCUGGGGAAUCUGCUCAGACUGUGCUGAACUUCCCUCUUCAGAGCCACUCAUCAUUUCAGAGAAGUCACCUGCCAUCAUGAUGCCUGGGGGCUUAUCUGACACCAAGCCAGCUACUCCAGAAGUUCAGCAGCUUGUUAACCAGGUGAAGCCACAGUUUGAAAGCCGGGCAAACAUGAAUUGUGUUGUCUUUACAGCCGUAGUAUAUAAGACUCAAGUGGUUGCUGGGACAAUGUACUUUAUUAAGGUCCAAGUUUCUGAUGCUGAUUAUGUCCACUUAAAGGUGUUUCUGAGUCUUCCCUAUGAGAACCAAGGUCCCAGCCUUGAAAGUUUUCAGACUGGCAAAACCAGAGAUGACCCUCUGACCUACUUCUAAGACAUGAUGACAUACAGUGCCUCACCUCUGCAAAUCCUAUGGGGGUUCUGCCUGUUACAGUAAAUAAAAUAAGUUUGGAAAGCUAUUGUCCAUAUUUUUCUUUUGCUGCAGAUGUACUUACAGAGAUCUUUCUUGUUAUCUUUCAUGUCUGUCACAAGAUUAAAAUAAAGUUAUUUCGA